AUGCGGCAGUCCUCCGCCUCGUCUUCGUCACACAGAUGCGGGGCAUCCCCCACAGGUGCCUUGUGGGGGGUGUGUUGUCUGGCGAUUCUCUCCUUCCACAAAAGCAUUUUGGAUUCAAACUUUGUCGACAGCGCUCCAACCACAGGGAGGGCAGACUCUCCCCCCUCCCCCUCUCCUGCUCUCAUAUGCGCCGUGGAAUUGGAGGCCAGGUCCAUCGUCAAUGAGGCCCAGAAGAAGCACAGCGUGCGAAGAAGAUGCACUUUCCCGCACCUGUUGGGGCGGCCGUCGCACCACCUCUAUUCGAGCACCUUCCGCCCGCUUUCUCCCAGUGGCCGCGACCUGCGCUCAUGGCCCGCCUCCCGCACCGCGGGUUCAGAAGCACAUAGGGUAGAAAGUGUCAUUUACCUCAUUGCGCCUGCUGCGCCCUCGGCACCUGAUGUUGAGCGCAACUUCACUGCGCUGUGGCCAUUGAAUGUUUCAAGCACUGCGGCCGCCGUGCCUAAGCCACCGUGGAUUUUACACUAUGCACGGCAGAAGUGGCCAUUUGUGAAGAAGAAGCUGAAGCAAGCCACCAGACGGGAUAUAAGGGAGUGCUCCCCAAAAACGGUGUUUCCAGAACACGCGACAGGCGCGGGUGCGAACGAACAGCGCACCUCAAGUGAUGGCACUGCACACACCUGUGGCACGUAG